CUUCUUAUUGGUCUCCGCCGAAUGGCAACUCUCCCGAACCCGACGACGACGCUCCGAGACGGCGCCCAGUGACCGCUACUAGAAGCUCCCAGAAGGUUCCCCCCCAAUGGCCGCGCCCUUCUUCUCCACGCCUUUCCAGCCCUACGUCUACCAGAGCCAGCAAGGAUCUGUGACGGCGUUUCAGAUAUCCGGCGGAGAUGUGCAGGUCCUGCAGGUGAUGUUGAAGUCUCAGGAGAAGUUGACUGCAAAACCAGGUACAAUGUGCUACAUGUCUGGGAACGUGCAGAUGGACAAUAAUUACUUGCCUGAAAAUGAUGGAGGUGUGUGGCAGUGGAUUUUUGGGAAAAGCAUAAGCAGCACCGUUUUCUUCAAUCCUGGUUCCGAUGAUGGAUAUGUCGGAGUUGCUGCGCCAUUUCCUGGGAGGAUACUGCCGGUAGAUCUAGCAAACUUUGGUGGAGAAAUUCUUUGCCAGGCAGAUGCUUUUCUGUGUUCAGUUAAUGAUGUGUCAGUCACUAGUACUGUUGAACCGAGACCACGGAACGUUGAGAUUGGUGCAGAGAUGAUCCUUAAACAAAAGCUUAGGGGCCAGGGGAUGGCUUUCCUUGUUGGCGGCGGAUCAGUCAUGCAGAAAAUCCUUGCUCCCCGAGAGGUUAUUACUGUUGAUGCUGCUUGUGUUGUGGCUAUGUCAACAACCAUCAACUUCCAAUUGAAGAGCCCUAACCAACUUAGAAGAGCAGUCUUUGGGGGUGACAACCAGCUAACAGCAUCUCUCACGGGACCUGGUGUUGUUUUCAUUCAGAGUCUACCCUUCCAUCGACUCUCGCAAAGGAUUGCCAGCAGUAGAUCAGUGGCGGGCCCAACUUUGAGGGACAACCCGAAGUUCUUCAUCCAGAUUGUCAUGUUCUUCUUCCUCGCCUAUGUCAUGAUUGUGUCAUCCAUAAUUCUGACUGAUGUUUAGAUGUCUCAGCGUGCUUUUGGUGUAUUCCUAGACAUGUUCUCGAAGAGUAAAAGCUCUUACAGGCUCUCCCUCCCUCCCCCACCCCAUGUAGAUGUCAGAGAAGGAAUUUGGCAAACUGUUGUUAGAAACCUAGUCAGAAGUUAAUCAGAUUUUUUUAACGGUUUGGAGCAGCAAGCCCUGGUUAGCGUGUAAAGAGUAAAGACAGCACAAUCAAGUUGCACAGCAUAUGGUGAAUAUACAUUAGCUUAUCUUCUGCUAACUGCUGCUCGACGUUGCUGGCAUUUUCAAUAAUUGUAUCAAUAGUUUGGUUGGAGCGGUUGUGUACUCUCCAUCAAUCUUGUGAAUGUUAUGUAUCUUGUUGAGACGUCUACCAUCCGUCUAUUCGGGUGGUAUGUAUAUUGCUUAGCUGUUUCACAUUGUCCGAUUGUCCUGCGGACGGAUGGUAUGUAUAUUGCUUAGCUGUU